AUGCCUAUUAUUUUGAUUGCCAGUUCUGCAGGAUGAGAGGCUGUGAAGGGGUCUCGUUCGAGUGUCCAAUUGAAGAUCUAAAUGUGAAAGAGACAGGCCAGGUAUCGAUGAAAUGUCAGUCCAACUUUACCAUACCCGUGAUUGACUCAGUCACUUGGCUGUACGCGUCUCACGUGAGGAGUGACGUGAUCUCACAGUUUAAGGUCCUGCACAUCGGUAACGAUGAUGCACUCAGCAUCCACAACGUCAAGAUGAAAAACACCGGGACCUACGCCUGCGACGUCUUCAGGAAGAACAUUCUGCUUCUCCGACGUUUCUUCUACCUCAGAGUGACCCAGGGCACUCUGCAAAGCAGCAUCGACCUGCAGGCGAUGUUCCAGAACGUUCUGCGGGAGAAGAAGACCACACUGAAAACACCCACAGCCAAACCGAUCCCGCCUCCCAGCAAACAUGGCGACAAGCAGACGGAAUCCCAGUUAAUCGCCGCCAUCGCCUUGGCAACGAUACUCACUGUGUUGUCUGGAAUUGCUGUUUAUCGAUGGGCCACACGCACAAAAGAGUCUGCUGAGGGACACAUCAGGUGAUGGUACAGACCAACUCGGUGAAGGCUUCCCCGGGUGAAUAGCCGAGAAAUCAUCGCUGGACAAAUGCUGGGGAUAUCAAUCCUGCGAUCAUACACAUGUGUAAAUCAAUGUUUAAUGUAGAUAUGA